CAUGUCAAACUUAAGUGCAAUUCAAUUCACCCAUUGUAUUAUAUUAUUUGAGUCUCUUCAUAUCUCAGUUUCUCUCCAAGCAUCCGGCUUCCCUGCAUGUAUUUUUCCACAUGUCCCUUGCAGGUCACCUUAAACGAUAUUAAUGAAAUUCUUUUCUCCACUAUCUAGUAUCUAGUGUUCAAAGUGUUUGAUCGCCUGAGGAUUUCACGCUAUUAAAUUGAAAACUGGAAAUAUGAUUUUGUUUAAUAUCUUUCACAAAACUAUGAAUUAUCCACCAGAUUUCUUUAUUUUAGAUAUUUUUGGACUUUACUUUUGUGAUAACUUCCAAGUUUCUUUUUUAAAUCUCAAAUCGCUCAAAAAUCUUGAAAAAACUUCUUUCCCGCUAUUAUUGAGCUAUGAAAUGUUAAAAUUUUAUCGUUUCGCGAAAGAAAGAAAGGAAGAGUUUUAACCAUCAAUAUUUCCCUUAUGUGAACUUUUAGUAAAAAUAUGAAGGCGGGAAAAAAGCUAAAAAGAAAAAAUGGUGGUGGAGGAAUUGCAGCGUUGCAAAUGAGAACCUAGAGACGUAGGAAUAGACUGAGCAUAAGAGGAACCAUCAAUCCAAGCAUGACGGUGGCUUUUGAAGUAGGAAGGAGUGAGAGAUUCAGAGGGAUCAAUUUGUGAAGGGAGUAAGAGCUGUGAAACCUAGAAAAGCACCCUUUUAGGGUUUGGAUUGCCUGGAAUUACGGAUACAGUUUAUUUUUGGUGGCGGCUAAUGCAAUGUAUGAGGCCAUGACUUGAUAAAGUGGAUGAGCUAGCUAGUGGAGUAUGAAGAAAAAUGAUUUGGUUCUUUUGAUGAAGUCAUCAAGUGCUGCAUCUGAUUUAUCACUCAAAUGUUUUUUGACUUGAACAAAUUUCCAACAAGAGCCUUCAAAAAUCUGCUCAGAUCAUCUGAAGCUUCAAUAUUCUCCUUAAUACAUUGGGUCCCAAUCCCUCCUGUCUUGCACGUCCAGACAUGUAAUUAUGUGGAUGUGUACAUGAAAUGGAAAAAAGAUUCAUACUAUGACUCAAUUGAGCACAUCCACCAGUCAAUUCAACUAAAACCUCUCGUUGCCCUCAAAAACUGCAUAGCCCAGGAUCCAAAUGGUUGCAUUCCAAUCUCUGCAGUGUCAAAGAGGGGAUUAGAGUUAGGUGUGCCCAUGAAGGUUGCCAGAUUUAUGAGGAAAUAUCCUUCCAUUUUUCAGGAGUUUACAGGUCCUGAAUACAAUCUUCCUUGGUUCAGGUUGACUUCAGAAGCUUCUCAAAUUAACAGGGAAGAAGAGGGAGUUUACGAAGUGUUCAGGGAGGACUUAAGAACUAGGUUAAAGAAGGUGAUAAUGAUGAGCAGAGAGAAUCUUCUGCCUUUAAAAAUAAUCAAAGGGAUGCAGUGGUAUCUAGGGUUGCCUGAUGAUUUUUUGCUGUAUCCAGAGCGGAAUCUUGAUGAAUCAUUCAAGUUUGUAGAUAUGGCAGAUGGGUCUAAGGCAUUGACAGUUGAAGGCGAAGAAAAAGACUGGUCCAUGAUGCAGAGGAAUGCCAUGAAAAGAGGCUUGUAUUUUGGGGGCUCAAUGGAGGCCAUUGAAUUUCCACUUUUUCCAUCAAAAGGUUUGAGGUUGAGGAAGAAGAUUGAGAAUUGGCUAAAUGAAUUUCAAAAGCUUCCUUAUGUCUCACCUUACGAGAAAUUCUCAAGUUUGGAUCCAAAUAGUGACAUAGCAGAGAAGCGGCUCGUGGGGCUUCUUCAUGAACUGCUUUCCCUUUUUGUUGACCAUUCAGCAGAGAGGAAGAUGCUCUUUUGCCUUAAGAAACAUUUAGGGCUGCCACAGAAAGUGCACAAGGCAUUUGAGCGGCAUCCCCACAUGUUUUACCUGUCUCUUAGGAAUAAAACUUGCACAGUCAUUCUUAAGGAAGCUUACAGGAAUAGAUCAGCUAUAGAUGAGCAUCCUUUACUGAAGGUGAGGAAAAAGUACAUGAAGUUGAUGAAAGAGUCACAGUUGAUUUUAAGGAACAGGAGGGUGAAUAAUAGGUUUUCAAAUGGGAGCUCUCCGAUGCUGGAUUUAGAUUUGGUCUAUGUUGAUGAGGAUGGCUGUGAGAUGGCCGAGUGCUAUUAGUAACUUUUUACCUAGAAAGUUAUAUAGCAAGACCAAGUGUUUUUAUAUUUGGAAAAACAUGGUGGCAUACUUGAGAUUAAGUAUAACUUGGAAUGCUUAACCAGCGUUGCAAUUUCAUGGAUAAUGGUGGCACAACUGGUUGUAUCCUAUCCUUGAGCUAUUUUCACAACACUUGUAGCUUGACCUCUCGGCGAGUUAAUGAAAAUUAUAAUCAAUCCUGUGAUUAGUUUUAGUAAAUAGUUUAAUUCACUGCUGAAUUCUUUGUUGCGGUUUAUCUUUUGAACCUAUAUACUCUGGUUAAUCGUUCUAUGCCCUGGGAUUGUAUUUACUUUUUAACCUAA